AUGGCAUUGAAAGAUAACAUGCAGAGGGAGAUUGUGAUUUGCGAUGAAGAAGAGGAAAUAUAUUUGGAGGACUUCCUCGAGGGAAGCUGGCGGGUUGGUGUUGAUGUCAGGCCUAUCCACCUUCUUAUGUAA